CUAAUUAGAGAGCUGUUGGUGCGGUUUCAGCAGCAUCGGUGGAACGUACCUAUUGGGGAGUUCUGAUGACGAAUUUUUAGACAAUAACAGAUUCUUGAGCUGAGCCAUGAGUGUGGUUGGAAAUUGAAAGUGAACCGGAAGGGAAGUAGGCAUUUCUGUUCGCAGAAGUCCAGUGGCUUCCACAACAGAUGAAAUGUGGUCUGAGGGAUGGUGUGACUACAAGCGACUUCCAGGAAAACAAGCACAGGGAUGGUAUGACUACAAGCGACUUCCAGGCAAACAAGCGCCUCCUUGGAGCCAUCCCAGUGAUGGCAACCAUAGAUUAAUUAAUGUUGUGCCAAAGAGACCGCCUCUGGGAGAUAAGAGAUCAUCUCUGCUAGCCAAACCCAAGAAAGGAGGCUACAGUAGAUACUACUGUCAUGUUGACUACCAAGAAUGGGGCAAGAGCCGCUGUUUUACUCAGGAUCCAAGAAGAGCCCCACCCUACAAAAGAGGCCAUUAUGGCUACCGAUGGCCAAGAGAUGAGUAUUCCACAAGCCAACAGCCUCAAUACAGGGCCAUGAGAAACGGCUUUAGAAGAAAACGUUUCUAUUCUUCCCAUUAUUCAAGACAAUGCUCUCCCCAUAAACGGGGCACUCCUUUUUUGAGAGAAUCACAUGUGGGCGGGAAGGACUCCCUACACAGCAGAUUUGGAUCCAGUCUCAGCAGUAGAAGCAGGAUGCGCUCCUUCCACCAGUCUCGACGUAGAUGUAAAGAGAGAGCCAUCCAGUUUUUGAAAACAUCAAGAGAUACUGUGCCCUCAAGUUCUUCAUCCAAGGUGUUAAAAAGCCCCAGCCGGCUGACUGAGAAGGAACAGGCUGAUGCUGCAAGCAAGAGGGCUAAUGAAAAUACCAAGCAGUCAGAAGAAAACAACUUGGCUGAAAUUUCCGAGUUUGAGAUGGGAUCCAAGGCACCAUUACGUAUCAACCAGACAGAAGAACCCGAGUCAAACACAACAGCUGGCCCAGAAUUGUGUGAAGACAGACAGCUUAGCAUUCGCUCAAAAGCAAUUGCAUCAAAAAUCAUUGAGAUUGAGAAGGUUUACCGUCAAGUCUGUGAAACUUUCGGGAUGGUGGUGGAAAGGCUGGUUGAAAAGGAUCGUUCGUUAGAAAAAUCUAUACAGUUUGCAAUGAAGCAGAGUUUGCAUGAAAUAGGUGAGCAACGUGUUGAAGAACUCAAGCAUUUCAUUAUGGAGUAUGAUCAUUCUACUCCAGAUUUUGGAGACCCUUUUUAGGAGAAUUAGGGCUUGGUUCAAAAAAAUGUUUAAAGCUUCUAGAUUUCUUACCUUUGGAUUGUUUAAAUCCUUAAUGUUUUGUGAUGAAGAGAAAUAUUUUAUAACUGACCACGUUGCUAGUAUCAAAUAAACAUCUACAAUAUCUUUUAAAGUCUCUUAA